CUAAUACCUGCAUCCUAUUUUAUUAAUCUGGUGGUAGACUCUUACAGAAGGACAGCUUGCUGACAAGCCCAUAGUGGAAGAAAUCUCACCUGCAAUGACCAUCAAUGAUGAAAAACCUGCAGAGAAAUUCCAACCUUAUAAAGAAUUACAGGAACGUGAAUGCUUAUCACAGGAACUGGGGGCUUGCUGCUAUCAAAGAGUCGGAAAUCAAACCAUGCACUCAGAAGUAAAGAAUGUACAGUGGACACAGUGCAAUACCUGUCAUGGUUGGCUUCACACAGAAUGUGCAGGAAUAGAUCGAGCCACUGACACAUCAUUUAACUGUGGGUGUCACAUGAAACUGCCCUAUUGUUUAAAAAGAACGAGGGCUGCUGCGGAAAAGGGCAUGCUGGAAAGUAUCUUGACAGAUGAAGAGAUUCAAAAACUUGCAGAGGAUCUUAGAACUGGGGUGUUGCGAUCAAAUCGAAUGUAUCUUAAACGUCACCCCAAUUUCAAUCUCAAAUUCAAACAAAACAGAGAAGCCCUAAUUAGUAUCUUCAACGAAAAACAGACGAUAGCCAUAAUAGAUAGAGUGGACACUGUAUUGGGCCGUGACAAGACAAACUUGGAAGAGCUUUCAUUUAAUUUAGAUGUUAUGACACCUGAGGUAACCCUGUGCAUCCUGAGAAAACUGGAGGGAUUUAGCCGCUAUGAAGCCGAAAAGGCUUUUGUAAGUCAUGUUUUCUUUGAAGGUGAAGAUUAAAGAUUUACUGAAGAGACUGGAAUGUUUUCCUGUUCCUACAACACGGGAAAUAAAUAUAAAGGAAUGUACAGCCAUCAUUAUGAUUAGAUAAUACACUGUUAAUGCACCUUUUAAAAUAUAUUGUGUUUUUACAAAAUGAUGUUGAAUAUCCACUAAUUUUUUUAACUGUUUUAAACAUUUUACAAAAAACAUGCUCAAAUGAGACAACUAAGUGUAAGACAGAGAAAAAAUAGAUGUAGAUGAACAAAUAAGUGAAUGAAUAAAUACAUAAAUAAAUGUAACUGUGAUAACAUUAAGUGACUUCUAAUGUUUUAUGAUGUGUGCAUGAUCUGAGUUGAUUUUUCCAUUCAUAUA